AUGCGUGUGACGCUGCUCGACUUGAGUUUGUCUGCCCUCUUGCUCUCGACCUGCGCGUGCGCACCUCGUCAGACAUCUCAAUAUCGCACAGCCAUCAAAGGGGAUGGCUUCGGCAACAUAUUGGGCAAGCAAUUCUCAUAUACAUCUGGAGGAGAACAUCGUGUCGUUCUCAAAAUUGGUCCUGGUGUCACGCUAGCCGGCUGGUCUUUCGAUCGGUUAGGACAAAGCUCCGAUAAGGUCAACGCCCAUUCGAUCAAGGAGCUAGCCAUUGACACCGCAACGGCGAUGAGUCGCGUGAUCGCCGUCGAGAUCAGAGCGGACAUUGAAGGUCAAUUUGACUUAAACAACCCCAUCGAGCUGAGCCUAUCGAGCAAGGCUGCGAAAUGCUCUGUCACUGCGACAUUCACCAUUCCCUCUGCCGGGAGCAUUGGCGAGGCCUCCACGUAUAUCGCCUCACAGCGCUAUGCUAUACAACAAAAUGAUCUGCCUCUCGGAAUCGAGAUCAUGCACCUAUACCGCGACAGUGAUGGCAAUCGCUUCUUGCACUCUCGUUCCGGGCCAGCCAUACUUCGUCUUCAAGACAUCCGCACGACCAGAGAGUACUGGCGGGCCGACUGGGUUCCGAGAUCGCCCGUUGCCAGAAACGCAAAAGUGUGGGCGAUAGGUAAUAAGGAUCACAGUACCGACAAUGUCAUCGCGCGCACAGUCGUCAUACAGACGCCCAUGGAGCCAUGGCUUAAGCCUUUGCCUGAUGAUGAGAUGGGUCGUCUAUUCAGAGACUGCUGCGAUCCACUUGCACAGCACACCAGCCUCAUCCAAUGGCCUCGCAAGGAUCCGGUCAACGAGACUUGCAAGGGCAUAGUGGUCUGCUACCCUUCCAGGGGAGCACAGUGUGCGGCCAUGUGGCCAGAAGAGUUCACGUACGACUGUACGACACAAUGCGAUACGACUUGGCCUUGGGCGCCGUCAGGUUAGCCACUCAAGAGCUCAG